UCCGCGGACGACUUGUCGUCAGUCAGUUUGUCUGCUCUCCUGUUCUUGUUCUGUGCAUUGUGCGUUGGGCGUGAAGACUACAUUUUUCGAACAAUUGGUGCAAUUUUUAAAUCUGAAAAGUUGCCCAAGCUACGAAAGGUUUUAUCACCGUAAAGUAACAAGAUAAGAAAAAUUUGUAUGGCCGAAACUCGUGUCUAUGGUUAUGAGCCUAAUAGUGGGCUUAAUAACGCAAUGCCUGAGCCUACAAGUUUACUUCGUUUACGCGUAAUUGCUGGACAUAACCUUUGUAAGAAAGACAUAUUUGGUGCAAGUGAUCCUUAUGUAAGAAUUGACUUGGUGGCAACUAAUGGAGAGCAAGUGAUUGAUUCAGUGUUAACAAAAACGAAGAAGAGGAAUUUAUUCUUGCAGACAUUAAAUCCAAAAUGGGAUGAAGAAUUUAUCUUUCGUGUUAAACCUUCAGAGCAUAAGCUAGUGAUGGAAGUGUUUGAUGAAAAUCGCUUGACACGAGAUGACUUCCUUGGAAUGGUGGAACUUCCAUUAGUAGGACUUCCUAAGGAACUUCCUGAUACAAGCAUACCCAGAAAAUAUUACAUUCUUCGACCACGAAGUGCUCGCUCCAAGGUCAAAGGACAUCUCCAACUAUACCAUGCAUACAUCCCUGAUCCAAAUGAAGUCUCGGAAAGUACGGUAGCCACCGCUUUGCCCGCUGCCACAGAACCGCAAAGUCAGGAUCCCGAACCCGGUUGGGAAAUGGUAGACUCGACAGAUGGGGGCACCAGUGUUGGUCAGGCACAAGUAGAGCAGCCCGCCAGGCCCAUUUACGUUCAGGGAAGCUCUUCCACUCCAGAAGUAGCCAACGCCACGACGCAGUCGGCCCCUCUACCUUCUGGUUGGGAAGAACGUCAAGAUGCUAACGGGCGAACCUAUUACGUGAAUCACAUUGCUCGCACCACUCAAUGGGAGAGACCGUCUAUCCAGCCGGCCGUGAUUCAGGAGCAGCAAUUGGCACGCGAACGUAACCUCGAAACAGCUGGGUCAGAUAUGCAACGUCGCUAUCACAUAUCGGACGAUGCCCAUCCACUUCAAGCUGGAUUAGAUGCAGCCGCCGGUAUUGCUGAUCAGGAGGAUGAGUAUGAAGAUGAUGAACUUGAUGAUUAUUUUGAUGACGAUGAUGAGCUAGAUGAUGAUGAUGAAUACGAUGAGUAUUGGGAUGAAACUGCAGAGGGCGAUGAACAGUUAAGAGAGGUACAAAUUAACGGAAGUCCAAGACCUAGUCCGGCGUCACCUCGUCACUCCGUAACGACCAUUGAGGGAGAACAGGUUGCUAAUGGUACGUCCUCCACUCCAACUAGACCUGCAGUUGUGCCUAAUAGUGAUGGCUUACCCCCAGGCUGGACUGUCCAGGUUGCUCCGAAUGGACGACUAUUUUUUAUCGAUCAUAACAAACGAGCCACCACUUGGGUGGACCCAAGAUCGGGUAGACCGUCGACACUACCUCGUCAGAAUCAGAGUCCUGGAAACAAAAGUUUCCAAGAAGAAGCGCUAGGGCCACUUCCAGAAGGCUGGGAGGAACGAAUCCAUUCCGAUGGAAGAAUCUUCUACAUCGAUCACAAUACCCGAAUUACCCAGUGGGAAGACCCACGUAUGUCGAAUCCUAACAUUGCUGGCCCGGCUGUUCCAUACUCACGCGACUAUAAGCGGAAAUACGAUUUCUUCAAGUCGCAACUUAAGAAACCAGCAAACAUUCCCAACAAAUUUGAAAUUAAAGUUCAUCGAGCUUCAAUUCUGGAAGACUCGUACCGAAUUAUCAAUACCGUCGCACGGCCAGAGCUGCUCAAGACAAAACUUUGGGUGGAAUUUGACGGUGAAGUCGGACUCGAUUAUGGUGGUGUUGCUCGCGAAUGGUUUUUCCUUCUCUCUAAAGAAAUGUUCAACCCAUACUACGGCCUCUUUGAAUAUUCUGCAAUGGACAACUACACGUUGCAAAUCAACCCAAUGUCGGGACUGUGUACCGAAGAUCAUCUUUCCUACUUCAAGUUUAUUGGCCGUGUAGCUGGUAUGGCGGUUUACCACGGCAAACUGCUUGAUGGAUUCUUCAUUCGCCCCUUUUACAAAAUGAUGUUGGAAAAGCCCAUCGAAUUAAAAGAUAUGGAGUCGGUUGAUACCGAAUAUUUCAACUCACUUGUUUGGAUCAAAGAGAACGAUCCGAGUGAGUUGGAUCUUAAUUUUGCUGUCGACGAGGAAAGCUUUGGCAAAACCAUUCAGCGAGAGCUAAAACCCAACGGAACGAAUAUUCCUGUCACCAAUGACAACAAACAUGAAUACAUCAACUUGGUGAUCCAGUGGAGGUUUGUGUCUCGCGUUGAGGCUCAGAUGCGUGCCUUCCUCGAUGGUUUCAAGGAUUUAAUCCCACUCUCCAUGCUUAAGAUCUUCGAUGAAAAUGAACUCGAAUUAUUGAUGUGCGGGAUUGGCACCAUCGACGUCAAAGACUGGAGAGAACACACAAAUUACAAAGGCGAUUACAAUGCCAACCACAUGGUGGUGCAGUGGUUCUGGAGAGUGGUUUUAUCGUUCAAUCCGGAAAUGCGUUCUCGUGUCCUACAAUUCGUUACGGGGACAUCUCGUGUCCCGAUGAAUGGAUUUAAAGAACUGUAUGGAAGCAAUGGCCCACAACCAUUUACAAUCGAAAAGUGGGGUACGCCAAACAAUUUUCCUCGUGCUCAUACAUGUUUCAAUCGUUUGGACUUGCCACCCUAUGAGAGUUACCAACAGUUAAGAGAGAAGUUGAUCAAAGCCAUUGAAGGAUCCGAAGGAUUCGCUGGCGUAGAUUAAACUGCCGCUCAUCUAUUGGAAAGGGAUUCUUGAUUGCACGUGUUUUUGAUUUUUUUCCUGUAGAGUUUCUCUGGUUCCAAUUAAUAUCCUCCUUCCCUCCCACUGUAAGAUGUGUAAGGUCAUUCAUUCCACCGAUGGUUCGUGUCGUUUAGUCGAUUUCUAUCCUUUGCCCCGAAAAACGAUCCUGUUUGUUUCCGAUUCUUAUGGAUGGCUAAUCCCUCCCCCUUCCUUGGGUAGUGUACAGUUGGUAUUUUUUUUUUUUUCAAUCUCUUUUUGCAUAUCUUUCUCUCUCCUUCUGCCUAUUUCUUUCUCUUUUUUUUUUAUAAAGAAAACGUGAACUCCGACAUGCCUGCACAUGUGUGUCCAUGAGCAGAGCGCACGGAGUUUCAUUCUGGGGUUUCGACUUCUGCCAUUUCGAGCAUCACCUAAGAGUUGAAACGAAGAAGGAAGUAUUUCCCUUCUCUUUUUUUUUCUAUUUUCCAUCCAACCCGUGUUUGGUACUAUUGUUGCAAUAUUAUUAAUCACAGCAUCACUUAAUUUUGGCCCCGUCGCGUCGACGUAAUCCCGACAUUUGCCCGCGUGCGUUGUUUUUUCUUUUCUUUUUUUUUUUUUCCUUCCGGUCUAGUUUGUCGCGACUAUUCUACGCAGUGUGAUACAUAUUAUUAUACAGUAUACCCUCUUCUUUAUUAUUACAAUUUUUUUUAAUCUUCUUCCUUCCCGGUAAACGAAAAAAAAUGAUUAAAUGAUUCAUAUUCGCAUCAUAUUUAACAUUUUGGUUCUCUUCGUUUGGGGGGGGGGGGGUUUCUCCAUUACUUUUUUUACAGCAAUAACAAGCCCUUCCCGACUUUUAUGCGUUCAUAAGAAGAUUUAAAAAUAUCUUCCCAAAUUCAAUACAUGAGAGCUAUUUACUCAA